CAGCCACCUUCCUCUCCCUCCGCCAUCUUGAGAUAACUGCUUUGUUGAGUUAAGACGACGACUGUCAUCCUGCCAUUUGCUGAAAAUGACCGACCAACUCUGUAAGCUUUUCGUCGGUGGACUCAACGUAGACACCGAUGACGAUGGGCUGCGCAAGCACUUCGAGCAGUUCGGCACCCUCACCGACUGCGUAGUCGUCGUGAACAAGCAGCUGCAACGCUCUCGCUGUUUUGGCUUUGUGACCUACUCUACACCAGAGGAGGCCGACGCCGCCAUGGCGGCAAGGCCGCACACAGUCGACGGCAACGCGGUCGAGGUUAAACGAGCCGUCGCAAGAGAAGACGCUAACAGGCCUGAAGCUCUCGCCAAAGUCAAGAAAAUCUUUGUCGGUGGCCUGAAAGACGACAUCGAAGAGGACCACCUCACCGACUACUUCUCUCAGUACGGAGAAGUCGAAAAGUCUGAAGUCAUCUCGGAGAAGGAGACCGGAAAGAAACGUGGAUUCGGGUUUGUGUACUUCACAGACCACGAUUCGGCUGACAAGGCCGUGGUUGUAAAGUUCCACACCGUGAAUGGACACAAAGUCGAAGUAAAGAAAGCUCUGACGAAGCAGGAGAUGCAGGCAGCCAGCAGAACCGGAAUGGCGCCGAGAGGCAGACCAGGCCGCGGCAUGAGGGGAAACCAAAAUGGCUACGGCGGAAGGGAUUAUGGCGGAAACUACGGCUAUGGAAAUGGCGGCGGAGGAGGAGGAUAUGGCGGUUACGGGGGGUACGGUGGGCCUUACGGAGGCGGCUAUUCCGACCAGGGAAGUGGUUAUGGAGGUGGGAAUGGCUACAACGACUUUGGUAGUGGCUAUGGCCAGCACUCCUCUGGUUACGGUCCAAUGAAAGGGCCUUUCGGCGGCCAGAGGAGCUCUGCUCCCUACACCAGAGGCGGCGGCGGAGGAGGAGGAGGCUACUCCAGGGGAGGCUAUGGCGGCGGCUACUAGGCCCAGAGCUUCAUGGAGAGCAACAACCACGCUUCAUGCCACAAAUUACCCUCCCCCACAAGAUUUCGAAAGCGAAAAUCUGCCGUCAAUUCCAACUACGGCAGACGAAAAGGACACAAAGAUCCCCUAUUCAUACAGAAGACCUCCAAAGCCCAAACAGGUAGGAAGGUCACUUCCCAGAACACCUGAUUUAAAAACGAACAGAGGUUGUUUCGUUCAACUAGGACACACAAAACCACGUACAGGAACCCUUCUUUUAUGAAUCCACACUGCAGCGUGUGGUUGUCGUGUAGAGUUGGAAUAUAUUUUUUGUUUUUCUUUUUUAUUUGCGUUCACUCGUGUUAAACCUUCGAUGUAGGAUUGUUUUCCUGAUGAUUAUUUUAAUAUUUGCAUUUUUAAAAAGUUGGAUCAUUCUUUUUUUUUUCCAGCAGUAAAAUUAGUGUGAAUAUCCAUUGUGUGACGAUAAAAAAAUGUUUGGUUUUUUCUUAUUAGGCAUGUUAUACUGGACAUCGAUUAUGUAUGAUUUCUUUGGUCUUUCAGCGACGGCGACACGCGAUCCUUACAGGUCUAGCCUCCUUGUUUUCUUCAUCCAAAUGUAAACUCCACACGUAUAGUUUCAGUCUUAAUGUUCAUCUUUAUUACCUGUAGCAGUACCUAAUGUAUAUUGUAAUCCCUCAUGUCUGGAGAACAAACAAUGUUGGAACACUUUGGUAUGCUUAUGUAUGUUCAUUUUAAAUAAAACGUUAUACCACUUAGCUUAGUUAUCUUACUUCUUUAACCAGGCUUCCCACAGUUUAUUCACAGGUUAUAAGACGCCGUCUUGUUUAGUUACAUGGAAUCAUUACCAGUUUAAUGCCUUACUUUCAGGUGGGUGAAAUGGUUGUAGUCUACCCAGAGCCGAUGCAUGUAGGCUUCAUAGGGUGUGACUUUAUUUUUAACAUAUACACAUAUUUAACACUUUUUUUGUAGGCAUUACAAAUGACUCAUUGAUUCAUUUAUUUACACUCUGAUUUUGUGGACUUGAGGGCUCUGUUAUUUAUCUUUGAUUAUUCCUAUAUUUAGGUGUUCUCUUACCAGUAGGCUAUCCCAGCCAAUAUAGCCGUAGCAGUUUGUUUGUAGGCUACAUCAGGACCCUGUUGAUUACCUGGGGUCGAUUGUGAUAGAAGUCUGAAAUAUCUCUUUAGGAAAUCCACAUCCAGCCAACUAGGUAUGUAAAUCAACCUGUCUUCACUCUGUGUUGGUCAACCAUGUAUGGCGUAUCUUUGACAUGGUGCGUAAGAUUGCCAUUAUUUUUAACUCAUGCGAUUUCUUGUAGCUAAUCUUAUGAGAAUUGGUGGCUUAAUGUUUGGGGUGGAAUGGGAUGCUAUUUUGCUCCAAAAUUUCUAAUGUAAAGUAGCUUGAUGUCUCUUUAAAAAAACACAACAAUGUCUUCCUGUGUCUCAUUGGUGUUUUCUCAUUUUCAUCCAGGUUGCUUCUGUAACCUGGAAGUGAGGACGUCACCCUGAAAGCGAUGGAGGUGGAUCUCCUUGCUGAUGGGGGCAGACAAGUUUGUGCUUUUGCCUCUAAGUGAUUUCUGAGAAAUCCCUGGGGGUGUAGGUGUCACUGUUUUCAGUUCAACUCUGCAGGAAGUCUUCUCUGGCGAAAUUCCAAUAUCUUCCAUCAGAUGACUGAGCGACUGGACACUUGCUUUUAUAUUUUUUAAAAACAAAGAAAAAUUAAUGAAUGCACAUUUUUUAUUGUUUUAUGAAUCUACGUGCCUUACAGGUUUGCAUAUUUUUAGGACAACACAAUGCCAUCAUGAAUCUGGAAUUAAGACAAAAUAAAGUUGGUUUAGAAGAAAAAUUGUGUAUUAAUUUGUAUAUGGGUUUCAAGACUUUGGAUUCAUUUGAAGUGAUAUUUUGGUCAAAAAGGUUCUGAAAACCGUUUAAAAGUUGCUUUUAAUGCAAAAUAAAAUUUUAAGAACGA